AUGAUGAACUGCGAAAACUUGGUGGCCUCUUUGGCUCAAUUGGAUAUGUCAACAUUAUUAUCUAAUUUUGUUGUAUCAUCUUCUUCAAGUUCUCCGCCAACAAUUGAUGAUGAUAAUCUAAAUAAUAAUAAUAUGAAUGGUGCAAAUGGUGGAGGAUGUAGAAGAAAAAGAAAAAGAGGAGAAGUUGCAAAUCCAUCAAACACUUUGGAUGCAUUGGUUGCCAAAAAAGCUGAUGAACAACCAUUUGAAAAACGAUAUUUGAGUGAACAAGAAGCAAUUGAAGGACCAGAUGAUGAAAUUGAAAUGAAGGUAAUCACACAAACAACUUUUUUUUUAUUCUCAAAAAAAUUAAUUAUUUUUUAUAGAGAAUGGAACUUGAUCCAGAUGUUUCAACUCGAACUUGUUCAACUUGCGGAUAUCAAGGAAAAUGGGUAUCUGAAAUGAUUCGACAUAAAAGAGUGCAUACAAGUGAAAGACCUUUUAAAUGCAGAUAUUGUUCGAGGACAAGUAAAUGGAAGGCUGAUUUGAUUCGACAUGUUGCAAGUAUGUUUUUAGAGACAUUUUCAACAAUAAAUUCAUAACAAUGAUUAUUUCCAGAAACUCAUGGAAUUCGUGUUGUCUCGAAGUACAGUCGAUCAAAAGUUUUUGAUACGGUCAAUACAACUCCAUUGAGCAGUCCAACUCAAAGUGUUAGUUUUUUUUUUAAAAUAACUUUGCAUCUAUCAACAAAAUAUAUUUUCAGAUUUCUGAAAAACGAACAAUGCUUUAUCGUUGUCAAUUAUGUUCAUUUGAAGAUGAAAGAGUUUCAAUUCUUAAUCAACAUGUUUCAUUAAUUCAUUCAACAUCUCCAUGUGUUUGUCGUUGUGGUUCAAAAUUUGAAGAUGUUCAACAUGCUUUAAAUCAUCCAUCUGGUCCAAAUUGUGAAAUGAUUUUCAAUAUAAUUCCAACAUAUGAAAAACCAUCUCCACUUUCACCAUGUCAUUCAGAAAGUUCACUUGAUAGUGGAAUCAAUAUAUCUGAUCCAGAAGAUGAUAGUUUUCAAUCAUCAAAUCCUUUGGUUUCUCCAAUUGUUCCCGAUAUUCAAUCAACACUUUUAAAUAUUCAAUCAUCUCCAUUAUUCUCAUUAUAUUUGGCUCUUCUCCAAUCAACUACAGUAACUUCUCCAAUUCAAGUUCCCCCUUUAAAUACAGUAAUUUGUUCAACUGAUGAUAAUAUUAUUGUUGAUGUUUAA